CACCUUCAUAGGUGCGGCCAUUGAUUUAUCAACAAAUAAAUAAAAAAACUCAACAUGUAAUAUAUUUACAUUUACGAUACGAUGUACUAACAUACUUAUACGCGUUAUCCAUGAUGACUUUUUAUCGGAUCUUAUGACGUUCUUGUUGAUAUCUAUCUAUAUUCCAUGAUUGAAAUUUUCAAAUUGUUGAAUUUAAAUUUGAAAAUUUGAAAAUUGUAAAAGCCCUGUACCUAUAAAGUUCCAAAUUCCCAAAUUUCUGAAUUUCUAAAUUACCAAAUUCCGAAAUUUGGUUAUGCCUAUUUUAUACCUCUUUCUACUAUGCGUAUAGUUUGUCCGCUAUGUAUAUGACCGGCGAAAUAAUAAAUAUAUCCGCAGUAUAGUAAUAUCAAGUGGUGGGAAACAUACUGAAGGUAGUUGCAUUGUGCAAAUGUAGUAUGAUAUUUCGAGGAACGAAUAAUAAAUAGGUACAGGGAAUGCAGACAUCAAACUGUGGACUAUUCUUAACAAUAUAUAACUUUAGUGAUGUGCUUCUUAUUUGUAUAAACUUAUUUGUGUCAAUAAGUGUUCAUUUUAAAAAUAUAAAAAUGCCAUGCUGGUAUUAUGAGAAGAAAGAACUACGAAAUACACCAUCGAUUCAAGAUGGAAUUGAUUAUGAAACUGAGUGCAGAUACAGGAAAGAAGGUGCACGUUUCAUCAUCGAUACAGGAACAAAAAUGGAUUUAGGCUACAAUACAAUGGCAACUGGUGUUGUUUAUUUUCAUCGGUUUUAUAUGUUUCAUUCAUUUAAGAAUUUUCCACGAUACGUGACUGCAUGCUGUUGUUUAUUUUUGGCAGGCAAAGUAGAAGAAACUCCAAAGAAAUGUAAAGAUAUCAUUAAAACUGCUAAAACUUUGUUAACUGACCAAAAAUUUAUGACAUUUGGGGAGGAUCCUAAGGAGGAAGUUAUGACAUUAGAAAGAAUUUUAUUACAAACUAUUAAAUUUGACUUGCAAGUUGAACAUCCAUACAGUUAUUUGCUGAAAUAUGCAAAAUGCCUUAAAGGUGAUAAAAAUAAAUUACAAAAGAUGGUUCAAAUGGCCUGGACAUUUGUUAAUGACAGUUUAUGUACAACAUUGUCUUUACAAUGGGAACCAGAAAUUAUAGCUGUUGCUCUUAUGUAUCUGGCUGGAAAGCUUAGUAAAUUUGAAGUUGUGGAUUGGAAUGGAAGACAGCCAAAGCAUUUACGUUGGUGGGAUAUGUUUGUUGAAGAUGUUACCAUGGAUCUAUUAGAAGAUAUUUGUCACCAGGUACUAGAUUUAUAUUCACAAGCAAAUAAUACAAAACCUCCAGAUUCACCACCAAUGACACCAUCUACUGAACCAUGCAGAGAUAGAGCAAUAGCACCACCUCCUACAGAAUCAUCAUCUAACACUCCAAAUGUUACACCAGGAAAAUCUACCAAAGUUGAAACAGCAGCAAUUUCGGCUAAUGGAUGCCCACCUGCAGAUGCUACAGAUUCAAUGAAACCAAUGGAUGUACCAACACAUUUUCAAACAUAUCCAACUAAUUUUCCACCUGGCAAUAUUAAUUAUCCACCAGCAUUUCCACCGGCGAAUGUUUCAGUACCUCCUCCUCCAGUGAAUACAAUGAAUCAUAUUGUUCCACCUAUGCAUCAUUUAGGCUCGUCUAGUACCAUUAGACCAGCACCACCUGCCCCUAGUACAACACAAUCACCAUUUCAACCAUAUCCUUAUCCUACAAAUGCUUCAUACUUUCCACCAAAUAAUCCAGUUCCUCCAGCUCCUGCACCCCGUACAUAUUAUCCACCACAACCUUAGCAAAUAGAGAUUUUUAAUACCAAAAAUAUCAUAUUUGUUUAUGUAAGUGACAUUAUUGUAAUUAAAAUUCAUAUUAUUACAAAAUUAAUAACUGAA